CGUGGCCACGAUGACGUCACCAUUUUGCAUUCAAGAUGGCAGCCUCCAUUGCCAAGUUUUUCAGACAUACAAGAAUAUUCCAUCCAAGUAAAACAGCAAGGCUGUUAAGUGGGACAACAUCUGUGCUUUCAAGUACACCAGAUGACAUUGACCAUUCACUGCCUGACGAUUCGUACCAGAAUAGACCACUGCCACAGUACCAGGAAAGACCUAAUGAACCGCACGCACAGAAAAAAGCACGUCUUCUUUACCAGAGCCGCAAGCGUGGCAUGCUAGAGAACGACUUAGUCUUGAGUACGUUCGCUGCCAAGUAUCUAAACACGUUUGACAGCAGGCAGCUCACGAUGUAUGACCAUCUGAUCAACAAGCCAGAAAACGACUGGGACAUAUACAAGUGGGCAACAGGUACUAAAGAGGCACCAGAAGAAUUCAGAAAUGAGAUUUUGGAUCUACUCAUGAAACACACCCGCAACGAGGAAAAGGAAUCACGUGUUCGACAGCCCAGCCUCUUUGCCAAUGACGAACCAAAGUGCUCCUAGUGAUGGCGCCACUGUACAAUCCGCGUAUCCAAUCUACUGCAUGAAUAGUUACAUAGUGUAAUAUUGCUUUAAGAUAUUGGUUCGUGUCAACACUAGCAGAUAAUUACGAGCUUAAUAGAAAUGACUGAAAUUCUGUGUUGACACAAAGACUGAAUAGUUGAUCAGACUGUUAAGCAUCCACUGUGACGGUCAGUGCAUAUCAUAUUUAUUAGAAAAUAAAGAAUGUACAACUUACUAUACACAUGCUAGAACUCCACA